AUGGCGACACGUCCGACAAUCCUCUCUCAUUCAUCGUCAACCGGUGACGAUGAUCCGGCGACACCAACUCCUCAAACAUUGGCUGCGGAACAACCUACCGAAGCCAACACCGCAUCUCAUGUCUUUGCUAGAACAACUGCAGCUACAAGGGAAUGGAGCAUGCGUUCUAACGAAUCGUUGUUUAGCCUUCACAUGGGGAACCCGAGUUUCACAACGGAACAAUUGAAUUGGAUGUCGAAAUCAGGCGAGUUUUAUUUUUAUAACGAUUCACCACUUUGCAGUCCGUUGCCACCAGGCACUCCGUGGAACAAUCUGUCAUCAGCUGAAUUUGCCAUUCAACGUGGUGUCAUCGGCUUAAACAGCGAAUCAUUGUUUAGUAUCCACAAGGGGAACAUGAGUUUUAUUGGCAGUCUAUUCCAGGUCACUCCACGUAAUAAUCAGACAGCGACUGAAACUACCGGGCAAAGUAGAGACUCGAACGGGGGCUGCAUCAGAGAUACAGAAGCAGAAGCAACCGACACAACAAGGGAGAAAGCAUCUCAGUCUUCGGUUUUCAGUUUCGGAUUGAUAGGAGAUACAAGUGAAAACGGAUCACCGCCUCAGAGUACAGAGAAACAAAGCCAACAAGAGUGCUCCACCCCUAGAACUCCAGAGACACUUUCAGAAACAGCUAAUGAAGCACAGACAACUCCAGAAACACCGAAGCUAGGAUGCCCUAAAGAAAACACAGAGUCCUUCGGGAACCCCAAAGCCUCAGACCCCUAA